UUUAACCUGCAAAGUUUAGGAAAACAUUGCAUUAUGAUCAUGUCUUUGAUAUGGACCUCACUUGCAUUAGUCUUUGCUCUUUACUUGCUUCUGCAGUUACUGAAUUGGACAAGAAGCACAAAGAGUAAAAGGCUACCUCCAGGUCCAAGAGGGUUCCCAAUUUUGGGAAGCCUUCACUUGUUAGGGAAGUUUCCUCCCAGAGAUUUUCAUCAGCUUGCCAACAAAUAUGGCUCCAUUAUGUUCUUACGUUUAGGCUUGAUUCCCACCGUUGUAGUCUCAUCACCUCAUGCUGCUGAGCAGUUCCUGAAAACCCAUGACCUCAAUUUUUCCAGCAGGCCCCCUGUUGAUACUCUAAAGCACAUAGCUUAUGGCCAAAGGAACCUCGCCUUCUCUGCCUAUGGAUCUUAUUGGCGAACCGUGCGCAAGAUUUGCACGCUGGAACUUCUUAGCAGAAAUAAGAUUAGUUCGAAUCAGGGCAUGAGAAAAGAAGAGCUUCAUGUCUUGAUUGAGCAAAUAAAAGAGGCUGCCCGUGCCAGGGUUGCUGUUGAUCUGAGUGCCAAGGUCUCAUCUCUCAGUGUAGACAUGACUUGUAGAAUGGUACUUGGGAAGAAAUAUGACGAUCUAGAGUUCGAUGAGAGAGGAUUCAACCUCGUCUUUCAAGAGGGCGUAAAAUUGGCAGCCAUCACUAACUUGGGUGAUUUCAUUCCUCAAAUUGCUUCACUUGAUCUACAGGGGCUGACAAAGCGGGCAAAGGCCGUUGCCAAGGUGUUUGAUGACUUCUUUGAAAAGAUUAUUGAAGAGCAUGUUCAAUCCAAGGAUGAAAAUAGAACCAAGGACUUUGUUGAUGUUAUGCUGAGCUUCAUUGGAUCACAAGAAACUGAACACAAAAUCGAGCGAGAGCAUGUCAAAGCCAUACUCCUGGACAUGCUUGUAGCUGCAGCAGAUCCUUCAGCUUCAGCUAUUGAGUGGACACUUUCAGAACUUUUCAAGCAUCCUGAGAUUAUGAAGAGAGUACAAAAAGAGUUGGAAAAUGUUGUGGGACUAGACAGGAUGGUUGAAGAAUCAGAUUUGGAGAAGCUAGAAUUCUUGGAUAUGGUUGUGAAAGAAGCCUUGAGGCUCCAUCCUGUAUCACCUCUAAUCCCUUAUGAAUCAGCGGAAGAUUGCAGUGUUGACGGCUAUCACAUACCCAAAAAGUCACGCGUUUAUAUAAAUGUAUGGGCAAUUGGAAGAGAUCCUAAAGCCUGGAUUGAUCCUGAGAAAUUUUUCCCCGAUAGGUUUGUUGGGACUGAUAUCGAUCUUCGCGGUCGCCACUUUCAGCUCCUCUCGUUCGGAUCCGGCCGCAGAAUCUGCCCUGGAAUGCAAUUGGGACUCAUAGUAUUGAAACUAGUGUUAGCACAACUUGUGCAUUGCUUUGAUUGGGAGCUUCCAAAUGGAAUGUUGCCAAGCGAAUUGGACAUGACUGAGGAGUUUGGUCUUGCAAUGCAUAGAACAACAAAUCUAGUAGGUAUUCCUACUUAUCGUCUGCAAAAAUAUUAAUUUGGCUUUGUGUAAAUUCUGAUAUUUGUCCUCUCUCCUCAGUUAUGGAUUUCAGAAUUUGCAUUCUGCUAAAUAAUUUCUUAUUCUACGGUAGUAGAAGGCAUUCUAGAGCUAGCAUUGUAGCUACAGAUUGAUUCUGUAUAUAAAUAAGGGUUUUCAUUGUAUGUUUACUUUUAUCAUUUUUCUGGUAAUUUUGAAACAGAGUGAAGCCCAGAUUGUCAAAUUGUACUCGUUAUCCAGGAUGGUUGGUUUUGUCAACAUCUGUUGAAAGAAGAACCUCUCCUCUUGUCAC